AUGGAGCAGGCGGGCGAUUGUAUCAUGCCGGGGGUGAGGGUCGCGAGCGGGUUCCGCGACGCGUUGGACGCGGUGAGCGGACGCGACGACGACGGCGGCGGCGGCGGCGGCGGCGGCGGGAUGCGAUGGCUCGUGGAUCCGCCGCCGCCGACGCCGACGACGCCGACGCCGCCGCCGCCGCCGCCGCCGACGGCGCGUCUGAUGGCGCAUCCGGGCGCGAAGGCGAGCCUGCGCGACGCGCUCGUCGCGUGCGGCGUCCGCGUCGACGACGGCGACGAAGAAGACGUCCGAGUCCUCGAGGAUCGACGUUCGACGCGCGAGGGAGUUCGCACGGAACGCGGUCUCGACGCGCCGCCGUCGCCGUCGCGGGCGCGGGCGCCGGCGCGGAUCGUGAUCGCGGUGGGCCCCGAGGGCGGGUGGACCGACCGCGAGCGCGCGUCGCUGAUCGACGAGGGCGGGUUCGAAGAGUUCGCGAUAGGUGCGUUCUAUACACUGGUCCCCAUACGACCCCGUUGGCGUGGUGAACGCCGAUCCUUAAGGACUUUGCCCGUCGCAUCUCUCCGCCCACCCCUCGCGUUCAAUCCCCGACCGCGACGCCUUUGA